GCAGAAGCUAAGUUUAUAUAUCGACGGAGUCACAAUGGUGAUUGUCCCUUCGGGGACAUCCGAUAAAAUUGGAACGAUACAGAGAAGAUUAGCAUGGCCCCUGCGCAAGGAUGACACGCACAAAUCGAGAAAUGUUCAAGUUUUGGAUGAGUAUCCGUUCGUAAUAGCUCCGCAAAUGAAUCGUAAUUCGAAUUUGAAACGACUCAGUUCUAAAGUUUUGAAUCCCUAAUUUGACGAUGUUGAACCUAAUUCCCAAAUCUUGGUUCAACUCGCCAACUAAAUCGAAUUUAACUAAACCAAUUUUCCGGUUCAAAUCAAAGUAAACCGGAAUCUCCCAGUUUGGUUAUUCUGGUUUAGGAGAACCGCUUCCUCUCCUUCUAAGACCCUCUCUAAAGUCUAAACCCUUUGGGCGUCUCCAUCUAAGAUUAGAGGAAGGUCCAGAUGCUUCAAUGGCUUUCUGAAUGAUGAGAUCUCACAAUACUAAUCACUGAAUCUGCAAAAUCUCAUCUCUCUUGUUGGUUUCUCUGAACCCAUGGCGAUUCUGCUCAAAUCAUUUCUCCAAAACCAAUCCUUUCUCAAGCCUUCGACCAUUUGCAGAACCAUCGCUUCUUCAACGGAGCCUUACAAGAAGCCACUCUCUGUUGUAUUCGAAGAGGCCGUAGGAUUGAGACCCAAACCCGAAACGAGCGAAACCCAAGAAGAAGAAGUGGGCAACGAGUUGAAGAGAAAGCUUUUUGAAUUAGAGAAGAAACUCAUAGAACUGAAGAACACAGAACCAGUGAUAAAGAAGAAGCUGAAGAAGGUUGUCGGGACAGUGCCAGAACUGCAAACAGACAAAAGUCGCAACCUUUACACGUUGUUUAAAGCCAACGAAGAGAAACAAGAGGAGGACAACGAUGUGGUUAGAGUUUACAAGGAGCUUCCUUUGGAGAUGGUUUCGUUUGUGAAGCUUCUGCAUAAAAAAGGGUAUUUGAACAAGGCUAAUUUCAUCAGUGGUGAGAAGCUGGAGUUGGGGAGUCUCGAUGAAGAGUAUUCUAGAACUUUUGUUAAGUUUGCUGCUGAGAGAUUCGGAAAAGACUACCAGGAGAUCGCAAAGUGGUUGUCAGGUAGUGACCUGAAGAACACUGUGCUAUUUGGCUGCCCAAGCUUGGAGAAAAGGGCGAUAUUCGCUGCUAAAACACUGCGCAAAUUUUUCGACAUCCAUGAGAACAAUGUGUGUGAGAAAUGUGUAUUGAAAGAGAAGUGCAAGUUUCCAAACCAGAGUGUGUGGGACGGCAAGUCACACAACUUACAUUUGUCUGUCGUGAUGAAAGUCAUCACAUUGUAUUCAUUGGACUUGACUCAUCCAAAGCUUCAAGUUCCUCAAGAGGUACAAGACUCAGUCUCAAGGUUGCUGACAGAGAUUCAGAACCUUAGCCGAACUAUCUGUACUCCUCUCGCAUGAAUUGAAACCUUACAUGGAAGAUUGUUUCCAUUAGACAUCUUCAACUUAGUGUUCUUGCCAACUUCUAAUGUUAGUUUGCAACAACUGCAACUCUUAUGUUACUGAUCGGAAUGCUUAGUUUUAAUCUUUACCUGCAAUGUUGUUCCGUA